AGUGUGGCUAUCAUUCAAAUUAUUGACAUGUCCUUACCUCCAACAGAAAAAAGAGAAAAGAAAGACAAGCUUAGCCAAAGUUCCCCUGAUGUUGCCCAACUACAAGUCUACAGCACUGAUGGCCGUACAAUAUAUUAUUCCCAGUCCCAGCAACACAUGACAUUUUCCAGAAGUCAUCAUGAAGAUGUAUCUCAUGAAGAACCCAGCUACCACAGAAGUCAGGGUGGGGAAGCUGCCACAGGUUCCCUGUUUGGUGUCAGCCGCAGGAAAAGGUGUGCCAGUGGCCACAGUGAGGACAGUGUGGAGGAUCUCUAUGAGGAUCUCCACAGGCACCAGGUUCAUGACAAUAAUUGGUGGGACAAAAAAUCUUCCAAAAAAAAAAAAAGGCAUAACCACCAAUAUGCAGACAGUCACAGUGCUCCAAGCAACCAAAGCCCUAAAUAUGAACUGAGAGUCACUAAAAAAAGACAUACAAAUUGGGGGACUGAAGAAAGCAGCCAGUCUAACAAGAGAUUCAAUGAGCAGAGAGGCCACAGUUACCAGAAAAAUAAAAUGAAACCUUCCACUUCAUGGCCAACAUUAAAUGAAGAUAAAAAACAGAAAAAUGCAAGAGGAUUUAGGGCAAAAAAUAAAAACUUUAUGGCCAUAAAAAGCAAUUGUGAUCGCCGGGUGCAGCUUAGAAAAUAGUUUUAUACAAAUACUUUUCUUAUAUAUAACUGAAAGACAUUAUAAAAGACAUUAACAUACACAAAAAUUUCAUUUAAAAAUGAAUUUAGAAAUAAAUUAGUGUUAACAUUUUAUCUUGUACGCUCUAUUACUGGGGUGGGUUUUUUU